GGCCUGAGUGUGACUUUAUGAAACUAAGGUUGGCAAACAGAAAGUCGUCUGAGGAAUAUUACUGUAGCUGUAGGAUGAGUGCUCUUCACUGAAGCGCCAUGUAAAGAUCAAGCAAGUGCCCUCGUCCCCUAGACCUACACCCUGAAUCCAGGAGGCAACACAGAAGCAUGGUGGUGGAGGAAAUCACCAUUACGCUCUCCGGUGGAGCACCAUGGGGCUUCAGACUUCAGGGGGGAGUAGAGCACCAGAGACCACUGCAGGUUGCCAAGGUGCGCAAGCGCAGCAAGGCCUGCAGGGCAGGGCUGCGAGAGGGGGAUGAGCUGAUGUCCAUCAAUGAUCGCUCCUGUGAGCAUAUGUCCCAUGCUCAGGCCAUGAACUUCAUUGAUAGCAUCCCUGGAUCCCUGCACAUUCGGGUAAAGAGGGCACCCGCUGGGUUCCAGUCAGUGGUUUUGGUGGCCCGAGCCCCUUCUCCCCGCAUCGAUAAAGAGUACCGUGCUGCCCUAAGGGCCAAAUCCCCAUCCAGCUCCAAAGUGCAGCAGUCUAGUGUUCGACAAGCAUACUAUAUCUCACCGAUGCCUCAGACUGUCCGCAGUGGUGUCACCUCUCCAUUUGACAGUGAGGCCUACUAUGGAGAGACAGACAGUGAUGCAGACGUGGCAGCCCAUGACCGUCAACGUAAGCAGAAGCAUCGCAGCCCCAGUAACUCCCCAGGAAAAGCAGGCUACACUUCUCCUGACAUGGGAGAAGCCUCAGAGAUGAGUGGCUAUGACAGUGCACCAGAUGCCCAGGGUUACACCAGGAUGGGGUUUGGAUCUCCGGAGGGCACUUUGACUGGGGUGGUUCGCAGAGAGGUGGUGUACCAGCCCCAUCCAUCUGGAGCCUGGUCCUCCCAGACCUCCACUGAGACUUCAUCUAUGAGUGCAGAUGAGCAGAGUUCUCAGGACCUCAUAUUGGAGGAGGAAAACAAUGGGUUACAAGAACUUGCUAAUGUACCACUGGUGUCUCCAGAGAGAGCGAAGGGAGCACUGAGGCUGGGCUCCCGUAGUCAUUUAGUGCCCAUGGUGGGGCCAGUUGAAAAACCAGUGGAUGAAGAGCUCACAAAGACCUACAUGGAUAAAGCAAAACAAGCCAAACUGAACCGUGGUGAUACACCCCAAGACAAACAGGUGAAGGAGGCCCGGAAAAAGUGUCGAACAAUUGCCUCUCUGCUGACUGAUGCACCCAACCCCCACUCCAAGGGUGUCCUGAUGUUCAAAAAACGGCGCCAGCGCUCUAAGAAGUACACAUUGACCAGUUAUGGUAGUGUGGAUGAGGAUACACAACAAGACUCUCAGGAGGAGGACAGUCAGUUCCUUGGAAGUGAAUCUGAGGUGGAUGAAGAGGGAUUCAGUGCAAUACCUGAUCCUACAUGGGACAGUGACUACCUGGAAAUUCUAGAAAAGAGAUCAGCGUCUCGAGGCCUGGAAGAAAAUGAAGCAGAGGAUUCUCGGAGUACUGGCCUUUGUGACACCACAGGGAGGGGGGCAAAGCUUUUUGAGCAGCAGAGGAAGAGAGCUAAAGAGCAUGCCAAGAAGAUUUCUAUUGGUCAGGGACAACAGAGCCUGAUGCAUAGCCAAUCCCAGCCUGAAAUCCAAGCACAAGAAAUACAGACACAACCAUUCAAUUUGUCUGUACAGGUAAAAAAGCAAGUGAAAAUCCAGCCGCCACCAGUUGCACCAAAGCCCACCAUACCACAAGAGCUGAGAAUGCAGGAGGAGGCUUUUUCUAAUAAGACACAAAUCACAGGAUCCACACCUCAAGCAACCCCUUCCACUGUUAAUGAGCAUACUCCCAGCAUAACAGUACCAGUCCAUACCUUGGUGCCUCUAACAAACCAACCAAUAACUGCUGCAUUGGCUAAUAUGCCUCCACCUUCAGUUUCUCUGCCUGAGUUGCCAGCUAGCUCAGUGUUGAAUCGCACAGCUCGUCCAUUUGCCCCUGGGUUUAUUAGCCACAGAGCAGCUACAGCACCAGUUGUGUUUCGCCCUAACACUGCGAAAAAGACUCCCAGACCAACCUCAGUGGCAGUGGUUGCCCAUCAUUUCUCAGCACCAUCCAAUGAGAAGGUUUUAGAUGUACCUUCUGCCAGUUUCACAGCGAGCCAGAUGAGUGGUGCUGUUUCAACUGGAAUACCCUCCAAAUUAAUUCCUAUGCCCACUGAGCCUCUACCACACACUAUACCAGAUCCUGCAACCUCCCAUACACCACAUCCUCCAUCAUCUAUGAAAAAUAUUCAGUCACACACUAUCACACAGACUAUAGUACCUCAUUCCUGUGUUUCUGUUAAUGUUAUUAGAGCUACUUCUCCUGCUGCUCUCACUGAUCCCACUACCAUAACUUCCACUCAGUCUACUGCCCCUGAGUCUCAAACGACACCUGUUGCCCCUAUGACUUCUGCAGUCCCUGCAACUCUUGUUAGCACGACGACUCAUCUAUCUCCUGCAGCUGGGGGGAAAACUGGUAUCCUUCAGGAGGCUCGCCGACGUAACACCAAUAAGUCAUUGUUCAAGGUGAUUGAGAGCAAGAAAUCCUUGCCCAAUCCUGAGCUGUUGUCUAUGGUGCAGAAUUUGGAUGAAAGGCAUAAGCAAGCAUACACAGAGCAUGUCUCUUUCAUUGAGGACCCGUACAACUUUGAUGAUAGGCAGGGACGGAUUGCACCACCAGUGGCUCCUAAACCACGCAUCAUCCCAGAAAUGUCUCUGAUUCCUCAGGGAGAGGGUAAAGGUGCCGAGCUAUUUGCAAGAAGACAAAAUCGCAGAGAUGUCUUUGUGAUAGAUUCUGUUCCAUCACACUCACAGCAACAGCAAUACACAGAGCCCCAGUCUGCUAUGGCUAUGAUCCCUCCGUGUGAGCCUUCAUCCUGGAAGUAUUCUCCAAAUGUCCGUGCUCCCCCACCCAUUGGGUACAACCCUCUCCUGUCCCCUUCUUGUCCCCUGGUAUUACAGCGUGGAGGAGCAAAGAGUACUGAAAAAAACUCCAAGGUGGGUAAGACUGGUCAUGGAAUCCAGAAGGAAGGUAUCAGGGCCAUAGACUUCAUAAGGAGGCAGCCUUAUCAGCUAAACUCGGCUAUGUUCAGGUUCAGUGAUGACUCAAGUGCAAAGUCAUCAGGUCCCUCCUACCAGGGGCAGACACGUGUGGGUCACACCUUAAGCCAACCCAGGCAGGUACCCGUGAAGGCAGCACGGGUGUGUGAGAUCAAACGCUUCUCUACUCCUACUCCUAUGUCAGCUCCAACAAUAAGUCCCACAGUGAUUACUCCACGUGCACAAACAUCACUGGCUGAACCCCUGUGUCAUUAUGACAUGACCUCCCUUACUCCAGCACCUGUUUCACCUCCACCUCAGUAUGAACCUCUAACUGCAGCCCUGUCUGCACGAGCUCCAGGUUUGCCAGAACUCCCAAAAAUCUCUGCCACUCCCAUAUUUCUUCCUACACCAUAUUCACCCCCAACUUCUCUCUCCAGCAUGUCGACGCUAAACUGCCAGGGUCUUCAAGCUACCAAACAGUUCAAGAGUGCUCCUGAACUAAGUUCCCUGCCACCAGUACCCCUGAGGCCUACAGCCCAGGCACCCAAGCCACACUUUAUUGCUAAACGGGUGGGAAAACAGCCUCACAUAUGGAGGCCUGGAGCUCUGUAGAAAUUAGUAAUACACUGAAGAAAGGAUGAGUACAAUUCUUAUCAUUUAUACAAACAGUUCAGAUCCUGAUAUUCACCAAAUCAGAACAAAAAGUGUGCAAUAUGAAACACAGUAAACUACAUGUAAUUGAAGCAAAAAAAAAACUGACUGCACCACAGGCCUUCUUGCCCAAAAUUAUUGAAUGACCUCACUAAUGUGCUUGUGGCUGUAUUGGCAAAAUGUAGUGAAAAGCCUUCAAGAAGAGUGGAAAUUCUUAUAGUAGAAAAGUGGGUACUAAAUCUCUAAUGGGCUGUUCAAGAAGCAUAUAUGGUUGUGACAUUCAGGUGUCUGCAAACCUGUAUAGUUUAUUUAGUAAUGAACAUGACUUGUUUAAAAACAAUUACAUUUGAUCAUUCAGAAUUGUAGUCUGAUACUGAAUUUAUUGUACCAUUAUGCAGAAAGUACACUAUGCUUACUCUCUCUAUAUAUUUUUUAUCAUCCUUUGUUUCACACCCGGGUACAAAACCUAAAGAUACUAACCGUAGUACCUUGCUAUGUCCAAGUCACUACAUCAGGGUUUUUAAAGACUUUCAAUAUGCAUGUGUAGUUUGUGUAAAAUCAUCUACUGUAAAAUCUAAUUUCUAUGGUGUUUUGAGCAGACUGAAAAGACUUGUAAGGGAAACAUGAUGAACCCCUUACUGAGAGUCUUUAAAUUACAAAUAGCAGAUAAGGUGCUGAAAAAGAACACCACCGUGGAGAAUUCAGGCUUAACUCAAAAGAAAAAUUUGGGGAUUUUUAGAUUUAUUAGAUGUUUUAAUGUAUACAUUAUAAAAGCUACUCACAGUCAAAUCUAUAAUUAUUAGCACUCAACAGAAGGGGUGAACUAUUGUAACACUUGUAGAAAAUGCUUACCUUUCUCUAACAUUAGCAGUUAUUAACAGAAAUUAAGGCGCCGUAAACAAUUAAAAGCUCCUAUACACACUAGAACAUACAGUGAUACGUUUUAGUUGCUUUCAGGCUGUUUUAUAUCUAGUCGUCCAGGGUUGAAACUAUACAGUAUAACUCAUUAUGUACUUUAUUCAUUUUAUAUAUUGAUUUUUGCUAAUUAUUUUGAAUGCUGCCAAAGGGUUGACUGUAAACUUAUAUCUGUUGGGUAUAAGCUUAAUUAAUGUUUGAAAAUAAAAUAGGACUGCAAGGUGUUGGCUAAAAGGAAUAAGGUAAGCUGGAUCCCCACUUCUCAUAAACCAGAAAUUAUAUCUGUCCUGGCAGACCCUGGAAGGAACAGGUGCAGGAGUGUCACAGCCUAUUCGUGGGAGUAACGUAAACAGCAACAUCAACAUCAUCCAAAUGGAAUCUGGCACUUAUGUCUCACUCACAUUCUAAUAAAAUUCUAUUAUUUAUUUAACUAAUUUAAUGUCGCUGUAAGAGCUCAAACUAGCAGCGUUGAAGGUUAUAUGGGCAAGACAGUCAAAGGGGAUGGGUUUGAAGUCCAAGCCUUCCAACUAGUUCUGUGUUCAGUCACACCAGGCAUGUGUAGUGACUACUCUUUUAAUGUUAAGUAGAUAAUUGGAGUUAGACACAAGGUUCAUACUGUCAGGCAUGUUGUAUUUGGGUGCUUUGAGAUGACAAACAUCCAGCCAGUUGAUUGUAAUUUGAAUUGAUAUUUGAGUGUGAGCUCCGAAAGCCACUCGUGAUGAAAGGAAAGCAGAAAGCCAAGAUGAUCUUAUGAGGGUUUUCAAAGCAGUACAGAAGGAAAAAGUAGCAAGUAGUACAGGAACUCAUUAUAGGAGCAUAUUAUACUACUGAAUGUAUAAGAUGCUGAGAGAAUAUAAUAAAUGAGGUAAUAUGACUAAACAUGAUAUGUUCCUCAAGGCAUAUUUAACUUUGAAUAGAUUACCAAACACAGAAUUAAACACACUAUGAGCUUGUGUGUGUUUAUUAAUUCAUGCACUCUUCUGUAAUCUAUGCACGUAAAGCUUCAUAGUAAUAAUUGCACAAAUUAUUAAUUGUAGUAGAUGUGUGCAGAGGGUCAGAUUGUUUGUGUGCUGUAAGAUUUGAUUAGUAGAAUCUUGGGUAAGUGUAAGUGUGUGUGUGUGUGUGUGUGUGUGUGUGUGUGUGUGUGUGUGUGUGUGUGUGUGUGUGUGAGAGAGAGAGAGUGUGAGUGUGAGAGAGAGAAAGCACAGGAAUUUAUGCCGCAG